AUGCAGAGGCAAGGGGAUACAGCACCACCAGUUAAUAACUCCAAGGACCAUGUGAUGGGAGAAGGGAGUAAUUUAAAUGUAGCUCUGAUUGAGAUGACUGAGGGUGUGAACAGGAAGGAGGUAGAAAAAGACCUUCAAUUCAGUGAACAUGAUAGUGGGAGCCAGAGGAAUAUGGUGGUGGAGGAUAGAGGAAGUGCUAAGAAAAAUGGGAAAGGAGUGGUGGUGGCAAUAAUAGAGGGUGAGCAACCAGUAUCUCGAGGAGAGUCAGUUGGGAAAAGUUCUAAUCUUCAGAUUGGGGUCAAAGCUCCUUCAAUGUGGAAAAGGAAAGGGCCAACAAGGGGGAGACUUAAAAGAACAGAUAGCCCUAUGGAGAUUGGGCUAACUGCAGGUAAACCAGUUCUGAAAGAAGGGGUGAGAUCACUGCCUUGUGUUUGGGUGAAUGAGUUGAUGACAGGUGAUGGCAGAGCUUGGAAUAGAGAACUGAUUCAAAACCUUUUUACUGAAGCAUCUUGUAAAGCCAUUCUGGAAAUUAAAGGCUUGGAUCCUGCUGCAAGAGAUAGAUGGGUGUGGACAGUGGAUUUGAAAGUAGCAGUAAAGAAGAAGAUUUUGAGUCUUGAUAUACCAGGGUGUAGUUCUAAUAUUACAGCUGAUAAGAAGGCUAGAAUGCGGUGUUGGAAUCUGAGG